AUGCGCGCCUGGAUCGACGACCGCGGCCUCACGGUCGUCAGCGGCGCCGGCUGCUCGCCCGCGGAGGCCGUGACGCGGCGGUCGGGGGACCGCGCGUCCGAGAUCGACUACGUCGUCGUCGACGCCGGCCGUGGCGUCGACGUCGUAUCGUGCGCGACGGACGGCGACGACGACGGCCCGUUGGUCGACAUGUACGGCGGCGGGUCGUACACGACGGACCACCGCGCGAUCCACACGCGGCUACGCGUGCGCGUGCUCGAGGCGCGGCGGGAGGUCGCUGUUCCCCGGCGGCGCGUGCGCUGGGGCUCGGCGGACGACGCGACGAGGGCGCGCUACGCCGCGGAGCUGGAAUCGCGGUUGCGCGCCACGGAGACGGCGCGCCGCCGCGCAGCCGACGUGGACGCCGCGCUCGGCCUCGUGCUCGACGCCAUCCAGGGGGCCGAGGACGCGGUCGUCGGCGUCGCUUCGGGGCCGGCGCGGUCGCCGCUCCCGUCGUGCUCGUGGUGGACGCCCGCGGUCGCCGCCGCUUGGAGGCGUGUCGACGACGGCCGGAGCGCGCGGCGGUCGGCACCCGGCGCCGCCGCCGCAGACGCGGCGGACGCGGCGCUCGCCGCGGCGGCGGCGCAGUACGCCGAGGUCAAGGCCGCCGCCAUCGCCGAGGCCGCGCACGAGCUCCUGCUCGGCCAGGACCCGGGCUCGCACGAGGCGAGGCGGCUCCACGGCAUCAUCCAGACCGAGAUCCUGGGCCGCGCGGCGCGCGNGGCGACCCACGAGUGGGACGCCGUCCGCGCCGCCGGCGGGUCCGUCGCCGCGGGCGUCAGCGACCUCGCGCUCUUCCGCGCCGUCCGCCCGAGCCGCGAGUGGCGGCGGACCUGGAUCCUGGAGCAGCGCGCGGCGGGCGACCGGCGGGAGACCGCGCUCGUCGCCAUCUUGGGCGGGACGUGCCGCCUCGCGCCGCAGACGCGGCUCGUCCGGUGGGCGGCCCGGGGCCGCGAGCGGCCGGGCUACUGCGACCUCUGCGGGCUCUACGUCCGCGGGACGGCCGCGGACAUGGCCCACGUCUGCCUCGAGUGCCCGGCGUCGCGCGUGACGCGGCUCGGCCUGGAUGCUCCCCGACGCGCGUGGUUCGCGAGCGUCGAGAACGCCUACGGCCGCCAGGGCCGCGAGGCGGCGGCGCGCUGGUGGCGCGGCGCGCGGGCGCCGGCGCUCUCGUCGUGCUCCGACGUCGGCUUCGCCGCUUUUUUGGCCGCGUCGGGCGCACCGCCGCUCCCGCGCGGCGGCCUCGCGGAGCUGCGCGACGAUCUUGCUCGCGCCUUCGCGUCGACGUUCGGCGAGUUCUUCGUCGCCCACGCCAGCGAGAUUGCGGCGCUUCCUCCGCGGCGCUCGACCUGA